GCACGCUCAUGCUGUUGGGAUUUCAAUCUGUACAGAGAGGAGACAGGAGAAAGAUGAAGAGCUUAGGGGUUUUGAUUUGCACCUUUGCUGCUCUGACAACAGCUAAAGCGGACCUGUUGAGAGACAGAAAUCGGCAUGAAAUUCCCAUCUUCCGUUCCUCUUUGUCCUCCUCCUCGUUAUCUUCAUCUUCAUUCUUGUCCACUUUUGAUGGUUCAGGUGGGAUCUGUCUGAACGGAGGCACGUCUGUCCCAUCCCUGACUGGUGAACACAUGUUUUGUUUGUGUGUUGACGGCUUUGAGGGGAGACGCUGUGAAACAGUGAAGAGUGCUGAGUGCUUCGAGGGAGUAGGACUCUACUACAGAGGUAGGGUGUCUACAUCAAGGAGUGGGCGACAGUGUCAGGAGUGGGAUGCAGACACCAGGGAGCGAUACAUGACGUCAGACGUCAGUGCAGGGAGACACAACUACUGCAGAAACCUUCUCUACAAACGGCGCCCGUGGUGCUACGUGUGGAAAAAACAUCCGCUGAAGUGGGAAUACUGUGAUAUUCCUCGCUGUGGUGGGGACUCCUUCCCAGCUCCGCCUUCUCCUGCUCCAACCACACAAGCUCCAGCUGCAGCGUCCACGUGCGGCCAGCGCUCCAGAAGAAAGCUGAUGAAGAUCGUGGGUGGCACAGUCUCCACUGUAGAAUCUCACCCAUGGGUGGCUGCCAUAUUCUGGCGCAGUAAAUCCAAGGAGGUGGUUUUCCGCUGCGGGGGGAGUCUGAUCUCAUCGUGCUGGGUGCUCACAGCUGCCCAUUGCUUCCCUGACGGCUCCCACACCAAAGAGCGCCGCUUCUCCGUCAGCCUGGGGAAAAAUGCCCUGAAUGAGACGGACCUGUCGACGGAGCAGACGUUCAGGGUGGAACAGAUUUUCAUCCAUGAAGGGUUUGACAACAGUGAGGGGAACUUCAACAACGACAUAGCUCUGAUGAAGCUGAAGUCCAAAAGCGGGAGGUGUGCAAAAGAAAACAACUUGGUAAGAACCAUCUGUCUGCCUCCGCCUCUGCAGAGCCUCCAGGCUGGCGUCACCUGUGAGAUCGCUGGAUACGGAAAAGAGCGCUAUGGUCUGUGGUACAGGUCUCAGCUCCUCCAGGAGGCUCAGGUGAACCUCUUUGCUGAUGAAGUGUGUCGACAAGAGGAUUAUUACGCAAACAUGAUUACUGAUAACAUGUUCUGUGCCGGUCGACCCGACUGGAGCCAGGAUGCCUGCGAGGGAGACUCCGGAGGGCCUCUGGUGUGUGAGGUGGGCGGGAGGCUCUUCCAGUUUGGAGUCAUCAGCUGGGGGGACGGCUGCGCUAAAGAGUUUCGACCUGGCGUGUACACCAAAGUGACAAACUACAACGCAUGGAUAGAAGAAAAGACGGGGCUCGACAUCGCUUCGGGCUCCAUGUUUCCUCAGAAGUGAGCAAUGAGAGAAUUAUGUGAAUUAUGUAACAAAAUAAGCAAAGUCGAAGAGGUGGAAUAGACCUGUAAUCCUACAAAAGCCAUGUUUCUGUGCUGUCAGGGUUGGAAACUCAAAUGUUAUGCUGUCAUACUAUUAUAUUUAAGGUGGUUUAUUGUGUUAAUUCUGAGAAAUGCUUUUCCCUUUCCAAAUGAAGGUGAUUUAAAUAUGAUGAACACUGAAAUUCUAGAAACAGAUCUUCCACUGUUGUUGCAUCUCUCUUCCUCACUAGGAGGAGCUAAGAUGCAAGGAAGGGAUGCACAAAGUCUCCAGUUGUGCACCUGGUUAGCCACUUGUUCAGAAUUCACAAGUGGGGCACUUUCAAACGUAUUUUCCAUCAUAGAAAAAUGUUAAAACCCCAUUAAAUCUUGCAUGUAUUUACCUCAGACCCUCUUUCAAGAAUCUAUCUGAAAACUCUUUAAAACUCCCUGAGACUUUGAGACAGUGGAACCAGACAUACUAAAAUGCAAACACACUACCAGGUUUAAGGACUCGUUUUUGCAGCACUCGGUUACACUAAACAUAAAUUGCCUGUUUAUCUGAAGCCUGCAGAAUAAGGUGUUUUUAUUUGUACAGCAGAGCCUCGUAGAGUCCUGAAACACGGCCUACCAUACUAGCUGCUCUUUUAAGAUCAGCACUUUAGUUAUAUGAAUGAAUUUAGCUGAGAGGUCUGUAGCUUUGAGCUGAUAGGAGCAAAAAAAAAAAAAUACAUUUCAAAGAGUUGCAGUGUUGUACUUUUUUUCUGUUGUGGGACAGCUUAAGCUGUCUUUUAAGCUUUAAUAUUGUAUUU